GCGGUUAUCACUAGUUACCACAGCCACAAAGUCAGAUAGCUAUAUCGUAGAUUUAUGUAUUUUUUGUUAUUGUUGCUUUUUGGUCUUAAGUUAAGGUUAGGGUUAAGCAUGUUUAGCUGUGUAGUUAAGGUUGGGGUUAAAGUUAGGGUCAGGUUUAAAAUCAGAUUUUAAAAAGAGAAAUUGUAGAAAUAGGCGGGGUUUAGCCAUAAUUAUGACGUUGUGGCUGUGGUAACUAGUGACGAACGAGUCGAGUGGCAUGGGGAUCGAAUUGACACAUUUCUGACCUUCACUUGAACAGUUAUCCAAUAAAGAAUUUGUAAGCCUUAGCAGGAUGUCUGUGAAACAGGCAUCGGUCCAUGCUAAAUGGAUCAUCGGCAGAGUGAUCGGGACCAAGAUGCAGAAGACAGCAAAAGUUAGAGUCACCAGGCUGGUUCUGGACCCAUACCUGCUCAAGUACUACAACAAGAGGAAGACCUACUUUGCUCACGAUGCCUUGCAGCAGUGCACCGUGGGAGAUAUAGUCCUUCUGAAGGCCCUUGCGGAGCGCAGGUCGAGACACGUGAAACAUGAACUGGCAGAGAUAGUCCACAAGGUGGGCAACGUGGUGGAUCCCCUGACGGGGAAGAGGGUGGCGGGGAGUGAGUUUCUAGAGCCCCUCACUGACCCCCCACACAGUCUGGAGCAGGAGGGGACAACUCUAACAGAGAAAUUAAAGGAACUCAACAUCUCUGCUGCUGCCUCUUCAGGUGCAACCUUGGUCAAGUCAUCCACAACCGCACCUUGACUUUGCGUCAUUAUUUGAUUGGGAUGAUUUGUAUUUUGUAUAGCUACUGUUUUUUUCAAACUCAAAGCGCUUGACGUUGUAUGGGGUGUAACUAAUCACCAAUUCUACCUGCUAUUUUUUAAAUGUUUUUCUUUGUCAUUGAUUAUGUUGUCUUGGUUUAUAUGCAGUUCUGCCAUCAAGUCUCAUAUUUUUCCAUAUUUAAAUUCAAGGUGAAUUCAAUUGAUUUUUUUCGGGUGUUGUAUAGUUCAGCUGUUUUGAAAUCCGGGUGUAAAUCUAUCAAUCACAUCCAAUGCCAUACAAUUAUAUUUUAUCAUUGAAUAAAAAGACCUCAAUGGAAAAACA